CUAUACGGUAAAAUAGCUGCCUGUUGUGGAUCGGAAGUUUUCACUGGCCACGGCUGUUAUUUCUUCUGUGAAACGACAAAAGGGGCGAGGGAGCUAGGGAUUUUCUGCAUUUACCGACGACCGGAAGUCUUCCUUCCAAUACUCUACGCUGUUGUUAAAAUUUGGAAGGAUAGGAGCUUCGUCUCUCUAGUAGAGCACACUGACGCAGAGAUCGGGAGAGGUUGGCUUGUGCCGGGAUUUUAUUCAGGAUUCGGUGCUAUUCUUGUCCGGAUCGAUGGAUUUAACGCCGCCAAAAAGGUGCGCUAAGAAGGGGGAGGGUGACUGUCGGUGCAUGGAGAUGGUGGCGUCUGAAAAGCGCUUCUGCAAGAAGCACAGCUUGGAGAUGAAGCGUCUGGAUCAGAGAAAGAGGGAGAGGAAGUUCGCUGGCGAAGAAGAGGGUAGCGCCUCCUCUGGCGCCUGCACCAAGAAGAUGCGAGUACUAUCGGCGGAGGAUGAGAAGAGGAAGAUGACCGGCCGAUCUAAGAGAAGGGAGGGCGAGCGAAGGGAGAAGGAUGGUGCCGAAGAUGACUUGGUGGAAUCGACAGAUACGGAAUUCUUAACCAGGGGGGUAGUUAGAAAGGGGAGGAGGGAGGGGAAAGAUAUGUUGUUGUUCUAUCAGAUUAAGAAGAGGAGAUCACAUUUUGAUGAGGGCAAGAAGGUCGUAGCAAAUAGGAAAGAAGAAGAGAAGAAGAGGUCCUUUGGGGACGAGGUGAAGGAAUCCGCCAGUUUGAAAGGGAAUUCUUGUGCUCCAAGUCGGAUUGAGAAGAGACCAUGUGUUGAAAGGAAGCAAACGUCUCCACCGUCAAAGUAUAACGACUGCGGAGGUAGAACAGCGAAGGCGGAGCCAACUGAUAGUGCCUCCCAGGGCAUGGGGAAGAAGCGUUUGCUGUGCCACCAGUGUCUGCAUAGCUAUGAGAAAGAUGUUGUUAUUUGCUCAAAUUGUAAGAUCAAGCGAUAUUGCCAUUCCUGUGUGGCCAAAUGGUACCCUGAACAAACUACAGUGGAUGUUGAAGUUGCUUGCCCAUUCUGUCGUGGUAACUGCAACUGCAAGGCAUGUUUGCGUGUAUUCCUUGAUUUUAAGUUUAGCCGAAAAGAACUGGAUGACACAUCCAGAUUGCAGCAUUUGCUCUAUCUUUUGCAUAGAGCUUUACCUAUCCUCCGGCUUAUAGAUAAGGAGCAUAAAUCAGAGAUUGAAGUUGAAUCAAGGAUUCAAGCAAUAAAAUCAGAUAUGGUGGUUGUACCAAGGACUAAACUAGACAGUGGGGAACGCAUAUAUUGGUAAGUCUGCACAACUACAUUGAUCAUAAUUUCUUCUUGAAUUUCUUUUGUUUUUGACUAGAGCAUGAAAAUGAAUUUAGAAGAACCUAGGACCAGAUUACAAUUAUAUGCUCAUAUCCUUUGCCAUUCUAUUUUUACUGCAA